AGAGCGAGUACAAUAGGAAAUCUAGGACAUGAUGAAUUUUCUCACCCAAAAACAAACUUCUUUCUUUCCAGUCAUCAUUGUUACAUUCAUCAUCUAUCACAGUGCUGCUGCCUUGACGCUACCGAAAAAUGUAACGAUUCCGGCAGUGAUUGUUUGGGGAGAUUCAAUAGUGGAUCCCGGAAACAACAAUGUAGUCAACACUAUAGUAAAAUGCAACUUUGAACCUUAUGGGAUGGACUACAAUGGAGGAGAGCCUACUGGAAGGUUUAGCAAUGGAAGAGUCCCCUCGGACUUGAUAGCUGAAGAACUUGGAAUCAAGAAGAUUUUACCGGCUUAUCUGGAUCCGAACCUGCAGACUGAAGACCUACUUACUGGUGUAAGUUUUGCCUCUGGUGGUUCUGGUUAUGAUCCCCUCACUCCCAAAAUAGUGAACGUGUUAUCAUUAUCAGAUCAAAUAGAGCUGUUCAAAGAGUACAAAAGCAAAAUAGAUGCAGCAGUUGGGGUGGCAAGAAGAAACAUCAUAGUGUCAAAAGGAAUACACAUUGUGUGCAUAGGAAGUGAUGACAUUGCAAACACUUACCUCUCUACACCAUUCAGGAGCCCUCACUAUGAUAUUCCAGCCUAUACAGAUCUCUUGGCCUCUUCAGCUUCAAAAUUUUUUCAGGCACUUUAUGGACAAGGAGCAAGAAAAAUUGGAGUAGUAGGUAUACCAGCAAUCGGGUGUGUGCCAUCACAGAGGACACUGAGUGGAGAUAUAAAGAGAGGGUGUUCAGCCAAAGCCAAUAAAGCAGCUAGCCUCUUCAACACCAAGCUCAUUGCUCUAUUAGAAUCUCUCAACAAGAAGCUUCCACAAGCAAAGUUUGUCUACUUUGAUAUCUAUAAUCCAUCGGUUUCCCUCAUCCAAAAUCCUUCUAAAUAUGGAUUUGAAGUGGUGAAUAAAGGGUGCUGUGGGACUGGAAACAUAGAGGUCAGCAUUCUUUGUACUCGUUUCUCACUGGGAACUUGCAGCGAUCCAUCGAAAUACAUAUUCUGGGACAGUUACCAUCCCACAGAGAAGGCAUACGAGACCCUUGUCCCCAUGGCUUUCGAUAAGGAAAUUCAAAAAUUGUUCUGAAACUACUCACCCUAG